CUGCCCUGCUUUCUCUGCCACAGAAUUUGUCACAUGACUGGGCGCUGCCCAUCAUACACAUGGCAGAGCCACUCUUCUCUGUCCCCAGAAAUGAGGACCCUUCCUCAGAACUCUAGAAGAGUAACAUUUGGGUGGAAAUACUCUUACACUCAUUUAAACUCUCCUUUGAAAUGCUUCCUUUGAGGUCUGCCAAGAUGCCCAUCAUGGUGGAAGACAUCAUGAAGCUGCUCUGCUCCAUUUCCGAGGAGAGGAAGAUGAAGGCGGCGGUCAAGCACUCUGGGAGGGGCGCCCUGGUCACAGGGGCCGUGGCUUUCGUUGGGGGAUUGGUUGGCGGCCCACCGGGACUAGCCAUUGGGGGCGCCGUCGGGGGUCUGUUAGGUGCCUGGAUGACGAGUGGACAGUUUCAGCCAGUUCCUCAGAUCAUCAUGGAGCUGCCGCCUGCCGAGCAGCAGAAGCUCUUUAACGAGGCCGCUGCCAUCGUCAGGCACCUGGAGUGGACGGACGCCGUGCAGCUGACCGCGCUGGUCAUGGGCAGCGAGGCCCUGCAGCAGCAGCUGCUGGCCAUGCUGGCGAACUACGUCACCAGGGAGCUCCGGGCGGAAGUUCGGUACGACGACUAGGCCCUCCCCAGGAGGUGAGGGUCUCAUGUGGCGACUCUCCUACCUCCUGGGAGGUGACCGGGGAGCUGGGGGAGGCCCCAUCAUCAGGGUAUCACCUUAAACUGGAGAGAGGUCUCCUGCUGGAGAGGCUGCUGCUGUGCCGCAUCAUGUCCUGGAAAUGAUUCGUGAAGACGUGUGUUCUCCGGUCGUGCGCGCUGACGCGCACGGAC